AUGACCUUCUGGAGUGAAGAUCCCAAAGAUUCUCUUGGCAGUUCAGAAGUAUUCAGGUUUAGAGACCAUUAUAAGAUCAACAGAAAGUCUGAUGGCAUGCUGACAACUUACGUCCGAGCUGCCCUUAACACAAUGCUACAAUCUCACCUGAAGCUUGCUAUUUUUAAAGCUGACAUUGGUAAGAUAUAUCCUCAACUAUUUACUGGAAUAUUGUCACCGUGGAAAGGCUUAUUACUAUAUGGUCCACCAGGAACUGGCAAGACAUUACUCGCAAAAGCGGUGGCAACAGAAUGUAAUACGACAUUUUUCAACAUCUCAGCAUCAACUAUUGUGAGUAAAUGGCGAGGAGAUUCGGAAAAGCUUGUGAGAGUGCUAUUUGAACUUGCACGUUUCCAUGCUCCAUCAACAAUUUUUAUAGAUGAACUAGAGUCAAUUAUGUCUCAGAGAGGUUUCAGUGGAAGUGGUGAACAUGAAGGAAGCAGGAGAAUGAAGACGGAGCUGCUGGUACAGAUGGAUGGGCUUGCAAAGAGUUCAGAAAUGGUUUUUCUUCUUGCUGCUUCUAAUUUGCCUUGGGAAUUAGAUCACGCAAUGCUUCGUCGACUUGAGAAGCGAAUAUUGGUUGAUCUUCCUACCUGUGAAGUUCGCCAAGCAAUGUUUCAACAUCAUCUACCACCAAAAUUGCCAGGAGCAUUGGAAAUGCACACAAAACUUCAAUAUGAUAUUCUUGCUAAGGCAACUGAAGGUUACUCUGGUUCAGACAUACACUUGUUAUGUAAAGAGGCUGCAAUGCGUCCUCUUAGGAAAGUGUUUGAUCGACUUGAAGGCCUCCAAUCAGUGGACGAUGCUGAUAUCACUGAUUACCUUAAGGUUGACCCAGUCUUACAAGAGGAUGUAGAGGCAGCAUUGGUUCAUACCAAACCAUCUGCACAACGUCUGAAGCACAAGUACAUCGAAUGGCAACGUGAUUAUGAGUCUGUUUAAUCAAUAAUCAAUUUGAUAGCAUUCUGUAUUAUAUAAGAACUGGCCUUCAUGCGUACAAAUACUUUUAAGAUAUAUUAUGAUGUCAAGAAAAUGUUGUAGUUGCAGUGCAAGACAGUGUUUUAUUUUUAUGUUAAUUGUUUCAACUGUAAGUACAUGUAGCAAGUAUUUCAGCAAAAUAUACCUGUAUGAGAUUGAUUAACAAUACAUAAACU